UAAAAUGAACAAGGGAAGGGUUUUAAAAGCAAAUCUGCCGCAUAAGUUAUUGAGUUGAGACAUUUUAUUCAUCAUCAGUCUUUUUACGUCGUUAGAUCACAGCUUGUGGCUCAAAACAGCCUAAACGACCAGCUGACAUCUGGAGUCUGUACUUCACUUGCUAAACACUCAAUCCAGCGGGGUCCAUCAUGGGAAAGUCCAAACAAAUAGGAAACCACAAGAGUGACAAGAAGAAGAACAUCGCGAAGACAUGGAAGACCAAGCGCAGGACUAAAGACCUGGACCAGAUCCACUCAGACAUGAAGCCUGAGACAGCUGCCAAACUGCUCCAUCAGGAGGUGGACUUCGAUGUCACAGGAUGUGCACAACACUACUGCUUACACUGCGCGAGGUAUUUUGUGGAUUUGAAAGCCUUAAAAGAGCACUUCAAGACUAAAGUGCAUAAAAAACGGCUGAAACAGCUCAGAGAAGAGCCAUACACCCAGGCAGAGGCAGAGAGAGCAGCAGGAAUGGGCUCCUACAUCCCUCCUAAAACAGUUGAAGUGAAGACACAGUCUGUGGAAGAGAACAUGGACUGAGAAUCGCCCCCAUUUUCUCCCUUUGGACUGAAUUUUCAGAAGCAUGAACAGAAAUCUAUAAUGCUUGUGAUAUUUCUUGCUGCCACAAAAACAUGGUUAAAUGUUUAAUUUGUGACAAAUAAUAUUUGUUUUUGCCACCACAUGUUAUAUCAUCUGUUAUCACCGGAUUCAGGUAAUGUAACGCAACAUGUAAAUAUUGGGUGUUUGCACAACUGUGUGGACUAUGCUAAUAAACUAUAAAAAGAG